GGAGAGGGACUACUCUGCGACACUUUGCUGCUUUUUGUGACAGUAUUUGAGGUUUGGCGCGGUCGAACCGGUCGCCCGGAACCGUGGUGUCCCGUCCGGCGCGCGAGGGGCUUUUCCUUCAUCUCGUCGUCGGCACGCGAAGCUCAGGGCGACUGUGGGGGCAGGAUCAUGCUGUAGAAGCCCUCUGCAAGUGGGAGAGAGAGAGAGAGAGAGAGAGAAAAAAUCAACGCGGCGUGCGACUGGAGUCGGCGGCGCGCAUGAGAGCGACCAUGGCCGGGCAUCACAGCAGGGGGCCGAGGGAUCUGAGGCUGCUGCUUCUGUGCCUCUCCGUCGCCAUCCUCGCGUCGGGAGUGCGCGCGGGUGGGAAGAAGCACAGUGGCCCUUGUGGAGGAAGAGACUGCAGCGGUGGCUGUAAAUGUUUCCCAGAGAAAGGAACCAGGGGUCAACCUGGGCCUCUUGGUACUCAGGGUCCACAGGGGCCUCACGGGAGACCAGGUGAUCCAGGCAUCCAAGGACCAAAGGGGCACAGAGGGGACAGCGGUCAUGGUGGCAUCAUAGGUCCUAAAGGAAAUGUGGGACAAACCGGCGUUCCUGGGUUUUCUGGAAAUGAUGGCAUACCUGGUCACCCAGGACAAGCUGGGCCCAGGGGGAAGCCAGGUGCAGACGGCUGUAACGGGACAAAGGGAGAUUCAGGUUUAAUGGGACAACCUGGUUAUAAUGGCGCACCUGGUUUUCCUGGACAAUCAGGCAGGAAGGGAGAGAAGGGAGACACUCUGGACAUGAGUGUGUACAUCGAGCGUUUCCGGGGAGAUCAAGGAACACCGGGGAUCCAUGGAAUAUUUGGGCCUACAGGAAACCCAGGAUGGCAAGGUAACCGAGGCUUCCCAGGACCAAAGGGUCCUCCGGGGCCUCCAGGUCCGCGUGGACAAAAGGGCACUAUGACCAAAGUGAUUAAAGGCACCAAAGGAGGGCACGGGGACACCGGACCACCAGGGCUUCCAGGAAACUCUACUCAUCAACAUACUCUGCCCCCCUACGGACCCCAGGGAAAACCUGGAGAAAAGGGGCUGAAAGGAGAAAGAGGAGAUCAGGCAGACAACAAAGGAGAAACUGGCGUAAUGGGGUUCCCUGGAUCGCGGGGCGAACCUGGUGCAGAUGGGAAUCCUGGACCAAGGGGGGAUCUUGGUGAAGCGGGACAAAAUGGCAGAGAUGGACCUAAGGGAGUCAGAGGAGACCCAGGAGAGCUGAUUUCCUCCGGAUCCUUUUGGCCUUGGUCUCCAGCAGGUGGUCCUCCUGGUCCUCCUGGUGAGCAGGGUCCACAGGGUGAGAGGGGCCCAGUAGGAGAUCAAGGCUUCCCUGGACUCCCAGGACGUUCUGCUUCGGACACUCAACAACAAGUGUUUGACUUCUCCGGGCCAUUCGGUGUAAAGGGGGAGCAAGGAGAGAAGGGCCAACAAGGGGAAGCAGGGAGACCUGCUGUCAGCGUAGGACCCCCAGGUGUUGACGGGCGCCCAGGGCCCAGGGGCCCUCCGGGACCUGCAGGAAAAUGGUCUGAGUUUUUCAAAGGGGCUCCAGGCGGGAGAGGGAGGCCUGGCAACGCAGGCUUUAAAGGACUGAAAGGUGAUCAUGGACAAUGUGACUGCGCCAUUGUAAACUCUCCACCGGGACUCCCUGGUCCUGCUGGGGAGCGCGGCGAUGCUGGGAUGACUGGAGAGUUUGGUCAGGAGGGCGAGCCAGGAGACGAAGGUCCCCGAGGCGAUGACGGGUUCCCUGGCUCUCCUGGGCCCAGUGGGGAACCGGGUCCAAAAGGCCGUAAAGGGGACGCAAGUGUGGCCACACAGAAAGGAUAUCCUGGAGAUCCAGGGACACCUGGACAAAACGGUGAGUCUGGAGCACCAGGUGCUACUGGCAGAGACGGUUUACCUGGUUUCCCUGGGAGCCAAGGUCCUUCGGGAGAGGGUCCCACGGGAGAGCGUGGGGACAAAGGUUUUCCAGGUCUACCUGGUCGACCCGGUGCAGCCGGGCUUAGGGGAGAACCAGGUGCGGUCCUUGGAGCCCUCAAAGGCCAGCGUGGUUUACCUGGAGACGACGGUCUCCCAGGUUAUCAUGGAGUUCCAGGAACACCUGGCAGUCCAGGCGGCUGUAGUACGACAGGAGAUGGAGGACAGGCGGAUGUAACAGGUCCUUGCAAUACAAUUCCAGGACCUCCUGGGCAGCCUGGACUCCCAGGACCCAAUGGAUUACCAGGUUUCGCAGGUCUUACGGGCCAAAAAGGACCACAGGGUCCACUUGGAGUACAAGGAGAGAAAGGAGAAACAGGAGAGCGGGGUAUAGGUGGCCUUCCUGGACCAACAGGAUUUUCCGGCCCCCGGGGAGACCCGGGAGUUCCUGGUAGCAAAGGCUUUGUUGGAGCGCCUGGUUUCCCUGGUGCACCCGGCCGGCACGGGACACAAGGUGAGAAGGGUUUGCACGGAGAGAUCUUUGGAGCAUCAACUGGAUCUCGUGGUGACCCAGGGCUGCCCGGAUUCCAAGGGACUAAAGGCCAGACGGGAGAUCCAGGAGAGCCAGGCUAUCCAGGAAUGGUCGGCAUGCCUGGUAUGAUUGGCUUCAAAGGAGAAAGUGGCCCUAACGGACUGCAGGGGGAGGAAGGGAGUCCUGGGCCAGCCGGCAAGUACGGCUACCCUGGUGACCCUGGGCGAGCAGGUCCACCUGGGUCUCGUGGUGCUGAUGGACAACCAGGUUUCACUGGAGAGAGGGGAACUGAGGGAGACUCAGGACCUCCAGGUCCAAUCGGAUUAAAAGGGGUCCCUGGGGGUUACGGUGAUGACGGUGCCCUUGGAGAAUAUGGCUCACCAGGUAACCCAGGACAGCCAGGUGUCCAGGGACGCCCAGGAGUCCCGGGAAUGAAAGGAUACAAAGGGUCUCCCGGCAUGUCAGGUUUUGAGGGGAACAGGGGUGAUUUAGGGCUGAAGGGCUUCGAGGGGCAGAGAGGAGAACCUGGAGUGCCAGGCUACAUUGGCGCAAAGGGCAUAAUAGGUCAAAGUGGAGAGAAGGGUGAUCGGGGUCUGCGAGGGCCAGCAGGGGAGAAGCCUCAAAUUCCUGCCUACAUGAUUGUUGACAUGAAGGGCACCAAGGGAGACCACGGAAAUCCAGGAAAUCAAGGUUUCACCGGGCCGAGAGGUACUAAAGGUUUGCCCGGGGUGCCUGGCAGUGAGGGAACUCAUGGUUUGCCCGGAGACCCUAGCAAUAAGAAAGGAUUCCACGGAGAUCCAGGUGCACAGGGGCUCUCAGGGAUAAAAGGAAUGCCCGGCCCAACUGGGAACCGGGGAAUUACUGGUUUUCAGGGAAUGCCUGGCAAGCAGGGAAUUAAAGGAAGUCCCGGUGCCUAUGGUGCAUCAGGAGACAAAGGAAGGAAGGGCUUCAAAGGUGAAAAAGGCCCUCGUAUAGACCUUCCAGGACCUACCGGAUUGAGAGGAGAGGAUGGUUUUCAUGGAGUGCUUGGCCAAAAAGGAUUAUUUGGAAGCACUGGUGACAGGGGUACAAUUGGUUUUGAUGGUAUUGAAGGGAAAAAGGGAGAGCCGGGUGAACCAGGAAUAUUAGGAUUCCCAGGCUCAGAUGGGCAGAGGGGAACUCCUGGUAACCAGGGCCAAAAAGGCUUUCCUGGAAUUCCUGGUAAUGAUGGACACCCAGGCGUUCCUGGCUUCCCAGGGAACAAAGGUUUCCCUGGCCUGAAGGGUCUCUAUGGAUUACAUGGACUGAAAGGACAGAAGGGUAUCCAAGGGACACCAGGCCUGGAUACAAUUGGACUAUCUGGGGAGCCAGGGGUCAAAGGAGAGAAGGGAGAAAGCGGUGACCCCAACAACCAGCCAGGUUUUCCAGGCACCGUGGGUUUGAAAGGCUUCCAAGGACCUCCAGGUGACCAGGGUCAACCUGGGCCACCAGGAUUCCGAGGCCCCCUAGGACCAGAUGGGACCCCAGACAGACCAGGACGCAGUGGGGACCCUGGCUUCAUAGGAGCUAAAGGAUUACAAGGUUUCCCAGGACCCAGGGGAUUCCCUGGUGUGGAUGCUCCCCCUGGGGAAAAGGGUGUGUCAGGAUCGAAUGGGUUUCCUGGAGUCGCUGGUAGGAAAGGAUUCCACGGAGAUCCAGGUUCAUUGGGAUUCAGGGGGCCUAAUGGUGUUUCUGGGAAGAAAGGGGUGAAAGGAGAGCAAGGGUUGAUGGGAGUUCCUGGUAUGACUGGCGUGAAGGGAGAAAGAGGACCAGUUGGUCCAAAAGGAGACACUGGACCACCAGGUCUCCAUGGGCACCAAGGCAGCCAAGGUCCUUCUCCACUUCCCAUCAGAAUUCCAGGAGAGAGGGGCAUUCCGGGACCACAGGGUAUCCAAGGACCGAUGGGGGUGAGAGGGGAAGUAGGGCCACAGGGUCCUCCUGGGGAUACAGGUUUCAUGGGACCCAUUGGGCAGAAGGGCAUGCCGGGGAUCAGUGGCACGCCAGGAACAGCUGGAUUCCGUGGAUUGGUUGGACAAAUGGGCCACCCCGGUCUGCAAGGCAUGGAAGGUCACCGUGGCAACCCUGGCAUCUCCGGGUUACCUGGUAUGCCUGGCCGCAGUGUCAGUGUGGGCUACCUGCUUGUGAAACACAGUCAGUCCGACCUGACGCCCAUGUGUCCUGUGGGCAUGUCUAAACUGUGGGACGGCUACAGUCUGCUCUAUUUCGAGGGACAGGAGAAAGCACACAACCAGGAUCUCGGUUUGGCUGGCUCCUGCCUCCCACGGUUCAGCAGCAUGCCCUUCCUGUACUGCAAUCCUGGAGACAUUUGUUACUACGCCAGCAGAAAUGAUAAAUCCUACUGGCUGUCAACAACUGCUCCUCUUCCCAUGAUGCCCGUAGAAGAGGGAGAGAUCAAACCGUACAUCAGCCGCUGCUCAGUGUGCGAAGCUCCAUCAGUUGCCAUCGCAGUCCACAGCCAGGACAUCACCAUCCCACAGUGCCCUGCGGGCUGGCGCAGCCUGUGGAUCGGCUACUCCUUCCUCAUGCAUACAGCGGCAGGAAACGAAGGCGGAGGUCAGUCCCUGUCAUCGCCCGGCUCCUGCCUGGAGGACUUCCGCACGACACCGUUCAUCGAGUGCAACGGGGCCAAGGGGACAUGCCACUACUUCGCUAACAAGCACAGCUUCUGGCUGACGUCCAUCGAUCAGUCGUUCCACGCCGAGCCGCGGUCAGAGACGCUCAAAGCAGGCCAGCUGCUGGCGCGCAUCAGCCGCUGCCAGGUCUGCAUGAAGAACUUGUGAAAAGACUCUACAGUACCACUGACAGAAAAGAAAUCAGUGCAUUGACAGUGCUCUUGUGUUAUCUCUCUAUCCGUGUACUAAACCAAACCAAGGGGGAUCUGAAAUACCGACUUAGAUCAGUGUGAACGGAGCGAAACUUUCUCCCCAGGCCCCAGAGCUCAGAUUAUGACUGCAUGAUUCCUUGAGCUUCGACUGAAAUGUCCCUCUGUAGAUAAAUCAGAUGCCCCAUAAUGAAACAGACGGCAUUAUGGGAAGAGUAUUUUAUGUUAAAUGUGGAUUGGUGCUUACUGUUUAACUUAUUACCUCAGCUACUAUGACACAGAUCUGACAACAUAUACUACAGCGGAACCAAAGACGCCUGUGUGCAUGCAACUGCUUGAGUUUAUUAAGAUGUUCUUCUUGUUUUAGGGUAUAUAGCCACUGACCCUGCUUCUCAGCCUUCUGAAAAAUGUGCCAUUAGAGGUCUUGAACAAUCGUUACCAUACUGCUUUUAAUUCCAUUGCUCUUACAAAACCUAUUUUUUAUAAUACGACAGUCCUUUCAAGCUUUUUACUUGUUUUAUUCAUCUAUAAACUGUCUGAAACUCUUUCAAACACCAUAUCUUCCUACGAUGCACUGAUUCUUUGUAUUUAUACCAGCUGAAUGAACUUGACCCCGUUCCCUAAAAGUUUUAAAUAUACGUCUUAUCUAACAUUACUCAUGCCACACUCAUUUUUCCUUGACAAAUCUACUAAUCAUUGAACUGCCAACAGGACAGAAUGUAAACAGCCUGGAUCAAAGGUCUGACUGUAGCAAAUCCUUGGUCUGCUCACUGAUCCUGGGUUAGAGAAUUUUACCCACUUUAGAAAGUAGGUCAAAUGUUUCACUUCAUCUGGUUUCACUUGUUUGGAAAAUAAACGGUUUGAUUAGAAUGGAA